UGAUUAACAUCAAAUAGGAUUUGGAAUUAUUUCUUAGGGCGACAGGUCCCCUUUAAUAUGAAGUAGACCAUUCCCCAAGCAGCAAAUACCUAACCCACCUUCUAACCCUAACCCACAUAAGGACCACGCUUUAGGCUCAUAAUUCAACUUUAUCCUUUUCAAUAUAGAGACUUCCUAGUUAUGCAUUCGGUACCAGACUCUGUGUGUGUGUGGUUCUUUGGGGGUGGGGUAGAACAAUCAAUAUACCAAUAAACAGAUAUAUUUAGAGCGUUUCAUGUUUUCCCUCUGCAGUGGCACAGAAUACGUGACAAAAUAAAUAUGAAUAGCGAUUCCAGCACAGGACACAUUCUCGGUGCUUGAUCUCCAGGGAGGAUUCUGGGUGUUGACAGGGAGCUGCUGUGCCAGGGCGCACACAUCACACGCCUAGCCAUUCACUACAAAGCCUACGGGCUCGGUCUGGCUCAGCCCCUUCUCCGCGCUAGUGAUUAUCCGUGUCCUGGCACUCAGGUGACUUUCAGUAGCCUGCCACUGCCGUGACCCCGCUUCUGCAUCCGACCCCCAGCCGGCGAGCCAGGGAGCAGCGCUGCAGUGCGCGCACAUACACACUCACACAUCACACACAGCAGUUGUAUCUGCAGGCUCUGCACUCGUGUGAGAUCUGCCAGCAGCAGCCGAGGUUGUAAGAGAGCGAGGAGUAUCUCCAUCCAGCUGCAGCCUGAACCCCAACACUGCCUGCGGAUCUAGCAACUUGGGCUGACACACAGGAUAAAAGCAAAAUAUGGGAAGGAAACUGGAUCUUUCUGGCCUGACAGAGGAUGAAGCUGAACAUGUCCUUCAAGUAGUCCAGCGAGACUUUAGUCUGCGGAAAAAAGAAGAGGAGAGGUUGAGUGAACUAAAGCAGAAGCUGGACGAAGAAGGAAACAAGUGCUCCAUUUUAUCCAAGCAGCAGAAGUUUAAUGAGCACUGCUGCAUCCGAUGCUGCUCCCCUUUCACAUUUCUUAUCAAUUCCAAGAGACAGUGUUUGGACUGCAAGUUUAACAUUUGUAAAAACUGCAGCUCUUACCAAAAGAAAGAGAAGGCAUGGAUUUGCAACGUCUGCCAGCAAACAAGGCUACUAAGGACACAAUCUCUGGAAUGGUAUUACAAUAAUGUGAAAAGUCGGUUUAAGCGAUUUGGAAGUGCCAAGGUCCUAAAGAAUUUAUACAGAAAGCAUAGGCUUGAGAGCGGGGCUUGUGCAGAUAUUGUAGAGGGGAAUUAUAUUGAUGAAAGCAUUGAAAAUGAAGGGAGCAUUUGUGGAAGUGAUUCAACAUUCUACAGACAAACAGAAGGUCACAGUAUGAUGGACACUCUCUCAGUGGCCUUGCGUGUUGCAGAAGAAGCUGUAGAAGAAGCUAUUGCCAAAGCCGACUCAUACAGAGACAGCCUGGACAAACAGAAUGAGGCCUGUUAUUUGAGAGAACAUAAAGAAGAACUGAUUGAAGAACUUGCAACAACCAUUGUCCAAAAGAUUAUCAAAAGAAAGAAGAGCAAAAGUGAACAAGCUGAAGCCAUUUAUGAAUGGCAACAGUCAAGAGGCAGUGUCAUAACAUCACCUGCCACGUCUGAUCGAAGCAUGCUGAAUCUUCAGGAUAGCAACCGAGGACCAGAUGCAUUGUGGAGGUCUCAUUCGGCAUUUUCUCUGAUGAGUGAAGAUACCCCAAGCAACAAUGCUGAAAUGAAAUCUGCCCGACUGGAAAUGUUUUGCCAGCACCCGAGAAAUUUCAGUAAAAAAGCAAAACAAAGGAGGCCAUCUACACUUCCAAGCUGGAAAAGUUUUGACAGCCUAUAUGAUUCAAGUCCCUCACCAGUUCUGCAGAGUUCUGAUGGAAAUUGGGUGGCCCUUCAAAGUAUUACACUGCCUCCUCCAAGAAUGCUUGCUCAGCCAAAGAGUCAAGUCUUUAAGGUUUUGGAAGACGAGUCCAGAGUUGUGUCAGCCUAUGAUGAAAUGGGCUCAGACAGUGACGAGGAAGUUGACUGGAGCUUAGCCCUCAAUGCAUAUAGACGAAGACAGUUGUCAGAUGAUUCCUGCUAUGCAGACUCCCAGUGUAAUCCUGAAUGGGCAGGCAGUAAUGAUUAUUAUCAGCCAGUGACAUCCCCAUCAUCUGGCCUAUACACCAAUACUGAAACUGUGUAUUCUGAUUCAGAGACCUCAUCACUGAACUCAUUGAAGGAGACAAGGCAAUCGUCCAAGUCACUAUGGCCAAACAGAAAAGUCCCAUUUAAUCAGAUCCAAAAGGACCACGACUAUGGGAAGAUGGAUAUUAACUUUAACCCACAAUCUAAUAGUAUGGAAUAUUCAGACAGUAGUGAAGCAGAGAAAACCCAUUUUGACGUAGAAAUAAAGUCUAGGAGGUGGAAGAGGAACAAAACAGGAAUGGAAGAGCAAGGGGAUUUAAUGAAGGGGCAGAAAAGGUCUUUAAGCACAACUAAGUCUUUCAGUGACAUAUCAGAAACAGAUACAAGCAGCAGAGGACCACAUCACAGGACCUUGACAGAUAAUCUAGAACAAAAACUAAAAACUAGAUUAUGUGAAUUAACGGCAAAGAUGAGUGACAAAGAAAAUUCAUCUGGAGAAGAGCAAGAUCCAGAGUUGAGACUGGAAAGCAGAAACCCAGAGAUGUUAUCUGAGGAGAGUGGCAUGUAUGUGCAAGAGGAACUAAAAAAGAAGUACUCUGCUGUGUCUCUCUGCAACAUAUCAACAGAGGUCCUUAAAGUGAUCAAUGCCACGGAAGAAAUGAUAGCAGAAUCCUCGGGUCCGUGGGGAUCCCCAGCAAACACGCAUGAUCUCGGGUCUUUUCCUAUAGGAGCUGAUCCUGUAAGACUAGAUGAACAGCUCACCAAGCUGGAAGAAAAUGUUUACCUCACAGCUGGCACAGUGUAUGGAUUAGAGGGACAGCUUAGUGAGAUUGAAGACUCAGCACGCAAGAUUAGCAGCGUUACUACUGAGUUAGAACUUGCUGACCUUGAAGAUCAAGUCGCUACAGCAGCAGCGCAAGUUCAUCAUGCUGAGCGUCAGAUUUCUGAUAUUGAGAGUCGGAUCUCAGCCCUUACCAUCGCAGGCCUAAAUGUUUCCCCUUGCGUGAGGCUAACCAGAAGACGGGAACAGAAAAGCAGUAGUCAGGUACAAACAAUAGACACCUCUAGACAGCAAAGGAGAAAACUACCAGCAACUCCCUUGCAAGAUGAAGAAUCUGAAGGCUCAGUAGUGACUGCUAUGAGAACAUUUAAUCAUAACUUUGUUCUCCAAGGAUCUUUAACACAGCGUACAAAGGAGCGGAAAAAUGCUGCCAAGGAUGUUAUGGAACCAACUAAAGGCUCCACCAUAAUGUAUUGAAGACACCGUAAACCUGCCAAAAUUAUGAUGCCUAACGUUGUACACAAGAGUGCCUUUAUUUCUCUGUCAUUAUUGUUUCUUUUACUAUGUGGAUUAUUGUGUGAAGCUCAGUAACAGGCCUUUAUUGAGAUACCUCACUGGAAUCGUCAGCAUUGUGUUCUGCUAAAAAAACCUCUGCCUUAAAUAUUUAGCAGACGCAGUGAAUGGGUACUGAGCUUCAAAUGAAUGGCUCUUGGUAUAACAAUGCACUUUUUAUUUCUGUCCAAGUAGCACGGUAAUGUGUCAAAAAACAUUUUCUAUCCUUAUUUACAAUGUACUCAUGCCAAAAUCUGUAAGAACAAAUCUUUUUUUUGUGGCAAUGUAUUUGCAGAGCGUAUCAUUGUCAGGAUUACCGUGCAAAGUUUUUGUAACAAUUUUAAAUAUUAUAAGUUGUUUGUAUAUAAGCAGAAUGAUAGUAACCGUCGUAACAAAAAGUUACAUUUAACCCCCAAUAAAAUUAAUGGGAUAGAUCACAUUAUCUGCUAAAAAAACCCUAAUAGAAAUGCUCUUAGACGGUAUAAACCCAUUCUAAGGCUAAUCACAGAGAUAAAAGUUGAUUAUUUCAAUAGGUGACGUCCUCUUGAUGUUUUAAUCAAGUAUAAAAAUAAAUAUUGUUACCCAAGUCCUGUAUAAUCUUUAGCUUUCUUUUCUGGAAGUAGUCCAGAGAUUGUGCUUGUUUCAUGAAACCGAAUUUGUUUAAACCUUUAUACUGUCAACGUUUCUGGGUUAAAGCCCAAGUUUUGGGACAAACAUGUCUAGCGAUGUGUUUUUCCUGAAGUACAACUAACCUGGCCAGAUCGCUGGCAGAAUAAGAGUUAAACUUGUUACUAAGCCACUGGCAUAACCCUUAAACAGGUAAUAUUAUUUGGAUUUAAUAGUAAAUAUUACUAUAAACUGCUAUUUAUUAGCGGGGUAAUUCCUGAUAUUGUGCUGUUUGUGAUCUAACAUGUCUUUACUCGGCCCCUAACUAUUUUUAUAUGAUAGCGUUUCAUUAAUGAAGCUGUUGUUGCAGUUACAAUUCACACCUAAGAAUUAUAAACCGCUAUAUCCAGUAUGCGCAAAUGCAAAAGUGAAAAUAAAUCUUGGGUUCUACAUCUUAAUCCGAAAAAAAAUAUUUAGAAAUGUUGCCACAGAGUCAGACCUAGAACUUACUGUAUCAGCCUAGCGGUAUAGAAGCUCUAUAACAAUGUUGAUUUUUGUCUUUAAAUAUGGCCCCAAAUAUCCAUAUGCUGGAGCAUGUAUAAAGAGAACACUCUGCAUGUGCUGUACGACCAAUACAAGAAUACUCCUGAGGAUCUGAAGGAUAUAGAGUUAUGAUGGGCAAUAUCAGAGGCACAGAGCUUUACUGUACAUCUUGGCUGAGCUGUUUCAAAUGAAGAGCCAGGAGUCAAUUCUUUUCGUUUCCGUGGUGAUUUUUCUAACCAAAGGAGAAUGAUGGCUGGUUACCUAACUGUUGACUUCUGUAAAGUUCUAUACGAAGAUUCUCCCUAUUCCCUUUGUCGGUGUCUUUCGAGCAGUUCUGAGAGUUUAAUGUGAUGUCAAAUGGUUCUCAUGCAAGCAUGAAUCGCAGCUACUGUAAUGUACUAAUGUAGAAACAAAUAUAUGUACUAUGUAAGCACUGCAAAAAAAAAAAUACAUACAGUAUAUCAGAUUUUAAUUUUUUAGCAAAUUUAUUUGUGCCAAAUAUAUGUAAAAAGAAUUUAUUGGUCAGACAUGUUCUAUUAAUGAAGCUGAUGUUUAUUUUGUCAUGAAGUCAAUUUCAUUCUUAGUUUAAUAUUUCUAGCAAGAUUUUUUUAAAAACAAAUUAAAAAGUGAAAGAUAAUAUCAAGAGUAUAUAGCAAAGAAUUUUAUUUGGUUUGAAAAGCUAAAUGUUCUGUAAUUUCCUCGUUUUUUUGAAAAGCUUAUUGACUGGAAUGAAAAAGGCAGUUAAUAUGGUUUGGUGUAUCCUAAAUGCAUGUUAGCUCAAUUUUUCUGGAAAAUAAAAAGCCUCGAUUACAGGUAAAAAUUAAAGAAAGUAAAAGCUAUAAAAUGUAA